AUGAAAAAUCGAACAUCUGUGAAAGAGUUCAUUCUUCUGGGAUUAACAAAUGACCCAAAGCUAAAUGUUCUGAUUUUUCUAUUUCUGUUUUUCACAUAUAUACUGAGUAUAACUGGAAACUUGACAAUUAUUGCCCUUACCUUGACAGAUUCACACCUGAAAACUCCCAUGUAUUUCUUUCUUAGGAAUUUUUCUUUCCUAGAAAUCUCAUUCACAACAGUUUGCAUUCCUAGAUUUCUAGUUAGCAUUGUAACAGGGGAUAUGACCAUUUCCUAUAAUUCUUGCAUGGCCCAAGUGUUUUUCUUCAUCCUCCUUGGUUCAACAGAAUUUUUUCUUUUGACAGCUAUGUCCUAUGACCGGUACAUAGCCAUCUGUAAGCCAUUGCAUUACACAACAAUAAUGAACAGCAGAAUCUGCAACCAGCUUGUAGUUAGUUCUUGGCUGGCAGGAUUUCUCAUUAUCUUUCCACCUGUGAUCAUGGGGCUGCAGCUGGAUUUUUGUGGCUCCAAUAUCAUCGACCACUUCACCUGUGACUCUUCCCCUAUGCUACUGAUCUCCUGCACUGACACAACAUUCCUGGAGCUCAUGGCAUUUUUGCUGGCAGUAUUCACACUCAUGAUAACCUUAUCACUAGUGAUUCUUUCUUACGCAUUCAUUCUUAAAACAAUUCUGGGAAUCCCCUCUACUGAACAAAGGAAAAAGGCCUUUUCUACUUGUUCCUCACACAUGAUUGUUGUCUCUAUUUCUUAUGGAAGUUGUAUUUUCAUGUAUGUCAAAACUUCUGCAAAAGAAGGUGUGGCUUUAACUAAAGGUAUAGCAGUGCUCAAUACCUCUGUUGCCCCAAUGCUAAAUCCUUUUAUUUACUCCCUAAGGAACCAACAGGUAAAGCAGUCCUUUAAGAAUUUAGUCAAAAAAUGCUUCUCAAAUACACUUUAA